UCUCUAAGGUGGUACGAUGGCUGCAGCUUUCUUGAGGUGGGGCAAGGUGUUACCCCUCACCAACACCGCUUUUAGAGGUGUGGGUGGCGGUGGCAGAAGUUUGGGUGUGAGCGGUGAGAGGACUACCAGCAGAGGGGCAAUAGGAGUGCCUCAUCAGAAUACCGUUAGGGAUCAGGCGUCUUCGUCGUCGUCGGUCGAGUCACUGCCAGGGGAGGCGGACGUGGUUGUGGUGGGGGGAGGAGUGGCUGGGUGUAGCGUCCUCUACCACCUUGCCAAGCUUGGCCUCACCAACACUAUCCUUCUCGAGGCUCAUCAGCUCACUGCAGGGACCACUUGGCACACAGCUGGACUCUUUUACCGUCUAUCGAGUAAUGAGGUGGACUGCAUGCUGCAUGGCUCAACUAUGAGGAUCUGUCUGUCCCUGGAGGAGGAAACCGGCGUCAACCCCGGCUGGAUCAACAACGGCUCCCUCUUCCUCACCUCCAGGAAGGAAGAUCAACCCCGGGAGCGUCAGCAGAGCCUCGAGCAGAUGAUGAGCUUGAGUAAGGUGUUCGGGGUGGAGAGUCAUUUGCUAAACCCCGCCCAGAUCAAGGAUUUGCACCCGCUGUUGAACGUCAACGACCUGCAAAGUGCCGUGUACACUCCCACUGAUGGUUCAAUGGAUCCAGCUGGCAUUUGCCUGGCGUUGACGCGGGCGGCGAGAUGGGCAGGGGCUCGGGUGGUCGAAGGAUGCCGGGUCACCGACAUCACUACAGCAGAGACGACGCUGGGGGGCAGAAAGGUGACUGAGGUACACACAACCAGAGGCGUCAUCAAGACAAAUGUUGUCGUCAACGCUACAGGUAUUACAGGGCUACUAGAUAUCAGGUCCUCUCACGAAGUGCACACACACACACCUGUAAGGCCUAUGAGUAGUGGGACUUGCCAGUAGACUGUCCCACUUAAA